CUGGAAGGUGCCUGUAUCAGUAAUACCGCCGGUCCCUGGCGCCUCCAGCCAACCAGUUAGUGUUGUUAUUAUAGCUCCAUAAUAAAUGGUAAUAUUAUUGUACUUGUAUUUCCACCCCCUCGAUUUGACCUCAAUUUCGCUAACAGCCCGAUUGACGUUGUCCGGUGGUGUACGGAGUAUCUCAGAGUGUGAUCUCUAUUCUUCACCUUCUCGACUGUCAAGGAAAUCGCAUUUUUUAUUUUUAUUUUUUUUGACCCUCCCUUUUUUCCCAUAUUUUCCCUUCAUAUCCACCCUCUUCUCCCACCUCCUCCUUCUAUUCUUUUUUUCUCUCUCUCACUCUCACUCUACCCACCAUCCACCCACUCACAGGUGCUCCCUUUCUUUCGUUUCAUUUUCGCCGUGCGAGAAUUACCUCCCCCCUUACUAUCACUUUAUUGUUCUAUAUUAUUAUCUAUUAUUAUUGCCUUUUUUUUUUUUUUUUUUACAUUAAAAAAUAUUAAAAACCACAUCCAAAAAUAGAGAGAACUCGCAUACAGGCAGGGCCCUUUUCAAUUCUCUCUCUUUUUACGCGCGCUCGUUAUUCUCCAUCGCUGGACCGAGCCACUCUGCUACUCUUCCAGUCAGCUCAGCUCAGCAGCUCAGAGCACCUGCUAAAAAAAAAAAAAAAAAUCUCCCUUGAAAGAGGCUGGUUCCUCUGUUCAUCUCAUCAUCUUCAUCCAUCUUUACUACUGCCGUCAAGUGCUUCGAUAGCAU